ACAAUACCAACAGUUAGCGACGGCACGUCAAAGUAUGAUUCUUUCCAGACUUCAGCGGUGGGACACUGAGGAUCAACGGCCGUUUGUAGUGCGAUGAAGGCCGACCCUCGUGCCGACUCUGCGUCGUGUCGAAACGAGAGUGUAGCUUUGUCACUCGAGGCGAUACCGUUGCGUCCACGUCAAAGACGCAUCAAACGCCGCGCCCGAUAAGCGACUCCAUCCCUCCUGGCAACAUUGAGCUGCCCCUCAAUGCAACCGAAAAUGGCGCUGGAGACACCGAGCAGAUUAAUAUGCAGCACGCCGCUCUCCUCACCCACGUGAUGACAGACCCAACUCUCUUCGAGCUCGGUGACGGCAUCGGGGAGCAUUUCAGCAACAUCUCCUUUCUCCUCAACGAGGCGCAAAAAGCCCCAUUUCUCAUGUACCAGCUUCUCGCCUUCUCCGCCCGCCACCUCGCCUUUCUCCACCCCGAAUCAGCAACGAGCCAUCUUCAGCAAGCCGUCCGUCUGCAGACCCAUGGCCUCGCUCUCUUCAACACCGCCACCGCCGCUGGGUAUCCUGUAAAUGAGGCCGACGCUACCAGCAUCCUUUUGUUCUCCGUCAUCCUCGGCCACCAUGUCCUUACCGAUACCCUGUCUGCGCGAAAUUAUGAUGGAUGGGGAGCCUUCGCCACGAGCUUCGGCCGCUGCACCAGCAUCCAGCGAGGAAUUCCGGCCGUCGCACGCUCUGCCUGGCCAUCGUUGCUUCAGACGGAAUUACACCCCAUCUUAUCCGGAAGCUCGACAAUCCAUUCUCGUGCACCUCAAGGAUCCCAAUGCCAAGCAGUGCUACGAUGGAUUGAGAGCUCCCCGCUUAGCGACGAGGGUCAGAAAGAAAUAUACCGCGUCGUGCUGCGUUAUCUGCAACUCGGCUACGACUUGCUGGAGGAUAACGGGCCCGUCGGCGGCAACAAAUUUCGAAUGGUCUUCUCGUGGCCUCACCUCGUACCUGCCGAGUUCUCGAGAUGGCUUGAAGAAGGGAAGCCGGAGGCUCUUGUGAUAUUCAUCUACUACGCCGUGUUGUUGAAGCGUGCAAAGACUCUCUGGCCCAUUCAGGACGCCGGCGACUACAAUCUCGACCUCGCCAAGGAUGGCCUCGAGCCUCAGUGGCAUUAUUGGAUUGAAGCUGCAAAUGGCAUCCAAGUCUAAAUCCCAAAGCUACACAGAACCAGGAGCAAACGACUUCUAUUCUAUCCUUGCU